AUGGCCGUGCCCACGUUCCAGCUGAGCGGCCCCGUGUCCCGGCAGGUGAAGGCSUUCGUCACCCAGGACAUCCCACUGUACCACAACCUGGAGAUGAAGCACCUGCCCGGCGCCGAGCCCGAGCUCGUGCUGCUCAGCGACAGGUACCAGGAGCUGCAGAGAAUCCCCCUGAGCGACAUGACGCGGGAGGACAUCAACCGGCUGCUGCAGGAGCUGGGCUUCUACCGCAAGGAGACGCCCGAGGCGCCCGUGCCCGAGGAGUUCCGCCUGGCGCCCGCCGCGCGUGCCGACGGGCAGCACCCCGACCUCUAGGCAGCAGGGCGGGGGCUCCCGCGCCGCAGGACCCACUCGCGGGACAGGAUGACGCGCUCAGCAGAAAGCCCCAGGUGCUGAGAGCCGAUGGCGCCAAGUCCCGGCGGGUGGGAGUGCUGCGGCCCCGGCCCCACGCUGCCU